UGUGCUGUGCAGACACCCUGGUGCACACGUUCUUCUUUCUCCAACAGCUCUCUGAAAAACAGGACCCCAAGACUUGAAAACCCGCAAGGAAGGGCGUUUAGAUUAGUGUACUGAUCAAGCAGAAGAUCAAUAAGCUGACCCUAAGGUUGACCUCCCAAUUUCUUUCUCAAUAGGAUAAAAAUCAAAACAAAGCCUUUUUAGUUAUGCCAUUAUCAGGAACUCCAGCACCAAACAAGAGGAAAAAGUCCACAAAACUCAUCAUGGAACUAACUGCUUUAACUGACGGAGAACAUGAUGCCUCCAGGCUAAACUUAGGGAAGAAGAUCAGUGUCCCCAGGGACAUUAUGCUGGAGGAACUCUCUUUACUGAGCAAUAAAGGCUCCAAGAUGUUCAAGCUUCGCCAAAAGAGAGUGGAAAAAUUCAUCUGGGAGAACAAUCCAGAUGUGUUCACUGACAACUCCUUGCUUCUGAGUGAAAGGGUCCAGUUGACCACUUGCCAGAUCAGAGAUGUGAAGAUAGGUCACCAGCACUGGAAGAUCUGCAAGAUCAUUCAUGUGCACGAUGGUCAGUCAGGACAACCAGGAAGUGAAGGUGGAAAACAGAUCACUAUUUUUAAGACCUACCUUUCCCCAUGGGACAAAGCUUUGGGAACUGACCCACAGCAGGCAACCAAACUUAGCGUAAACUUGUUGGACUAUGGUUCCAAGGCUGAACUUAGCAAAUUCAAAUCAUUCAACAGGUCUGCAAUGCCUUAUGGAGGGUAUGAGAAAGCAUCAAAACUAAUGACCUUCCAGAUGCCUGAAUUUGAUGCUGGACCUGAACCUGAGGAUGUGACUGUCUUCAACCCAAAUGUCAACAGCAGGCCGUCCUUCAACAGGACACCAAUUGGAUGGUUGGGAUCUGGUGACACCACAAACUACAACAUUGAACUUAACGCGAUGCCUGUUGAUGGUGAAACAGACGAACUCUAAAGCUAUCAGUCUUAAAGACAGAAAAAAAAAGUCUGUAGCCUGUAGGUGUAAAAGAAUUUACAAAUGAGACCUGUUCCACUGGCCAUUAAUCACUGGAAACGUGUGACACAAUAUCAGCCAGUGGUACAGGUCACAUCAAUGCCACAUCCUAAUGUGCUUUGUCUAUAAAGCAGCCAGGCUUCCCCUUGUAUGUUAAUGUAAAAACAUAGCUCUUUGCGGUGGUUUUUCUUAAAAUGGAAAGCAAGAAAAUUUUAAGCAGGUUAUAGUAAGAGAGGAUCGAGACAAUGUACUAAGAUAGAUAGAAAAUGGAAUGAAAGCUUAAUGUUUUGUGUACAGUGGCAAAAGGGACAGUCUGCAAACAUGUAAUCUAUAUUUUCCUCAAAAUCCAUGCUCUACACAAAAAUAUU